AUGUCAGUUGCACCCCCAAAACCAUCGACCAGCACCGUAAUCACUCGUAGAACGCCCAGUGUGACCAGAAAGAGAAAGUCCCCAAUGUGCUGUAAAGUUUGUAACGACGAGAUUUUAAACUUAAAUUUUGGAGCUCAGGUAAGUUUAUAUUAUCUAAUUUUAAGGUAAAAUACGUCGAAAAAACCUUUGUAGUAAAAAAAAAUUAUUUAAUUUAAUGGCAUUUUGUGGUACAUACUUACUUAUGUACUAUUACAGGUCUGCCGAGCAUGUGCCUCGUUUUACAAAAGGACUUACUUGGAAAACAAAAAAUACCGCUGUAUUACUGGGUUUCAUAACUGCAAUAUUGAUCAUGGUAAAGCUUUUUUAAAUUAUUUGACGUGCCCAGACCCCUAGCACAGUGUCACAGCCCAGAGCCUUAGCCUAGAGCCCUAGCCCAGAGUCUUAACCCAGAACCCUAGCGAAGAGCCCUACAUCAGAGCCGUAGCCCAAAGCCUAAGACCACAGCUUUAGUUCAAAGCCCUAGUUCUAGCACUAGCUCUACUCUAGAAGUGCCCAAGCUUUGUGUUAGCCUUUCUUACCCAACCUUGCUGUAUGGUUUAUCAUUUCACUAUACUAGCCCUUGUAUAGUUUUGCCUUUUUCCAGCCAUAACUAGGUCUUUCUAUAGCUUAUAAACUUGAAAAAUUUCAAUUUGAAUGUUAUAGAAGGAAGCAAAGCCGGAAAGUGUAAAGCAUGUAGGUACGAGAAGUGUCAGCAAACCAAUAUUCAAAUCAAAGGUAGCUUUUUUAAAAAUUUUGUAAUUUAAAAUUUUUUUUUAUAUUUAGAAAUGACGUUAGUACUUAAUUUUUUUCAUUUUCGCUGUUAAAAUUAUGGUAUGUUUAAAAAAUCUUACUUUAGAAAACUUCAAAUCCCCAACUCGACCCCAACCAGUCACUAAGCUAAACGAAGGAAAGCUUAUUGGACAAAUGAUAAAAGGGCAUGCCAAGUACCUGCAAACUCAAUUUGACAAAUUAAAAAUUCUACAUCCGGAUGUCAUUUUCUCGGAUGAUGUGGUAAGUUAUAUCUAACAUGCUUUGCCUGGACUGUCCAAGCGAUUUUUUCUCAAGUUCGUUCCGGCCCUUUUUGAGAACCAGGCUAGAAGUUUUUUUUCUCGGACGGUCCAAGAAUUUUGAUUUGAGGGAGUUAAAAAUGAAAAAUUUUUUCAGUUUAUAACCCCGAUUAAACUCGAAGUACUACGAUUGAACUGUACGACGGUGAAGGAUAUGUUAGAGAUGUUUAUCGAUCAUUUUGGACCGUUUAACAAAUUGGAGCGGAAUGAUCAAGUAAGUACUCAAACAUAGACGACAAUCGUUUUAUAAAAGCCCUAUUCUACGCCCUACCGCUAGACAUGAAAAACGGGCCGGGUCUGAAUAUUAGUUCCGGCCCGAUCAAAAGUUGGCGCAAAACCGGCCCGUUUCUCAUUUCUACCUACCGCAGCUUAUUGUAGCCCUACGUAGCUCUUCAGUACCAUUAUUUUUAGUUUCUGAGCCAUAACGUAGUCGUAAGACUAAGGCUUUCUUCAGCUCUACUCUAGCCUUACAGUUGCUUGUAUUCUAACCCUUACCUAGCCUCAUCAUUGCCUUUAUUCUAGCGACAUUCUACAUUAACCUCGCUCAGUCCUACUCUAUAUUAGCUUCACCCUAACCAGUCUAAUAAAAACUUUAAAACUUAAAAUUUUAGAUAAAAGCUGUCCGAAAAUCCUUCACAGAAAUGAGAGUACUGAACGAAUGUUAUCUGUCCGCCAAAUAUUGUCCUAGUAUCGAAGAUACAAGACUAGUACCAGCUCCCGGAUACUUCUAUGAUCCAGGAAACAUUGAUCCAGCUUGGUAUCUUCAAGGCGUUAUGGAGGGCAAAGAUUUGCUUUUGUAUGAAAAGUAAGGCAAUAUAUUGCAAUAUGAGUUUUUAGGUCUAGUUUAUGGUUUUUUAUGUAGAUUAUGACUAAAGUUCAAUUUUAAGCCUAAAAUUUGUUUUUAAGCCUAAAAAUUCAUUUUUAAGCCUAAAAUUUGUUUUUAAGCCUAAAAUAAGUUUUUAAACAUAAGGAAUUUUUUUUUAAAUUUAAAAUUUUUUUAACUUCUUUUUACCCUACCCCUACUUCGUGACUUAAAAAUUUACCUUUCAGACUGAUGAAGCCUUUAAAUGAAAAACUACAAAUGGUGGCUCGAAAGGCUAAAUUGGCAGACAUAACUCAAGUCGACACUGUUGUUAUAGCUAUGAUUAUAUUGUGGAAGAACAGUAAGUAAUCAAGUCAAAAACGUUUUUAAAAUUUUAAAGUUCUAAACCUUAAAAUUUGCUUUGAAAGGGGACCCAGGGUUAUGUGAACAACCUAAUAAAUUUGACAUAAAAUAUACAUACAGUUAACGUACUUUACAGUUGAAAACAAUGGAUUGAUGACCUCUGAACUCAAUGAUUUCAAAAAUAAAGUUAUGAUCGAAUGGACCGAAGACAUAAAUCGCCGUUAUCAGGGCAAUUCGGCCGAAAUAUUGCAAGGAAAAAUGUUGUUUUAUGGGGAAGUUGAUGUAAGUAGCCCUACUCUACCCUACUCUUCCCUACCUUACCUUACCCUACGCUACUCUACCCAACCCUACCCUACCCUACCCUGCCCUACCCUACUUUACUUUACCCUACCCUACUUCAUCUUACACUACCCUAAUUAAAAAAUUUUUAUUUUCAGAACAUAGCUAUUGAAAUGUGUCACAAUUUGCUACAACUAAAGCUACUACGAAAAGCAAUACCAAAACCAAGUGACUGCUGUAUCGAGAAGGCUUUGCUAACUUGA